AUGACGUCUGGUGCAGAGGUGGUAGAUCUGAUUAGAAGAGCAGUACCUCUUGCUUUGGCUCCUGAAGAUGACCCUAUAAGAGAUGAGCUAAAGAGGUUGCAAGAGAAGAAGGAAGAAAUUGAUGUGCUAGCACAUAAGCAAGUUCGUCGCAUCCUUUGGAGUGGUCUAGGACUAAUUGGGGCACAAUAUGGAUUGUUCUUCCGGCUAACAUUUUGGGAAUUCUCAUGGGAUGUAAUGGAACCUAUUGCUUAUUUUACCAUAGCCAUUAUCGUAGGCAUAGGCUAUGCUUACUUCUUGUUUACUUCAAGAGAUCCCACAUAUCAAGAUCUAAUGAAGACGCUCUUUUUGUCCAGGCAAAGAAAAUUGUUCAAGAAGCAUAAUUUUGACGUUGGCAGGUUGAAGGAGUUACAAAACAAGUGCAAAACAUCUUUGGAUGCCUCUACAUCUAUUCGGAAUCGUGUAGGAUUGAAAGUAGAACUCGAUGAUGCCUUACACAAGGAUUAG